AGGAGGAGGAGGAGGAGUAGGAGUAGGAGUAGGAGUAGGAGGAGGAGGAGGAGGAGGAGGAGGAGGAGGAGGAGGAGGAGGAGAAGGAGGAGGAGGAGGAGGAGGAGGAGGAGGAGGAGGAGGAGGCUUCUCAAGUUAUGACCAAGUAAACCGUAAUGCUUCCCUUCACGACAGAGAGGAAAACGUCACCGUCUUUACCAACAGCUUCGACGACCAGACCUACUCCUCCAUUUUUGGAAAUGAAACGACACCAAAUGUUAAGUUGAAGGACGAGAAAGGAAGCCACAAGGAAAACGGAAGAGGCCAGACCGGCAACCAAAAAGAAAACGGAAGCGAGAGGACAGAGGGAUUCAACAAAGAAAACGAAGCGAAUGUGGGAACACCAGGGGGGACCAUCUUAAAACGCGUCCGACGCCAAGACUACUAUGAUUACGGCGAUUACAACUACGACGAGAAUUACUACGGUGAUGAUACCUAUAGUGACUACUAUAAUGAAGACUAUUACAAUUAUGAAGAUACCACUGUCGGCGAGGCGAUCACAGAAGCCCCAGACGAUUACGAAACGGGAGACCAAAACGCCAACGGAGACGAAUAUUACGACUACUACUACGACGACACAACGAAUACCGACGAGCAGAACGACAACAACAACGGCGAACACGACAGAGGAUCCUGAAUACUACUAUGAGUACGAAACCGACAACGGCAACGGCGAUACGGACACGGGCGGCGAUAAUACGGACACCGGCACGGACAAUACCGAUACGGAUACGGGCACGGACACCGGUAACACGGAUACGGACACGGGCACAGAUACGGAUACUGGAACCGACACGGGCACAGAUACGGAUACAGGAACCGACACGGACACAGAUACCAACACGAACACAGACACGGAUACCGAUACCGGCGAUUCCGACUCGGGAGGUAAGGACGUCGUCACCGUCCCUUCCGAUACCGAAGACGACAACAGCGACAGCAAAGGCAACAACGCGGUCACCGACAGCAGCGGAACCAGCAGCGUCAGCAGGCAACAGCAACGACAACGUCCUCGACACGAGCGACGUCACCACCAGCGCGCCCACCAUCGGCGAUGGCGGCGUCGUGAACGUGCCCAUCUCCUUCCCGCCCACGUUCUCCACCCUCCCGCCGCCCACCGGGAUCUCUGCCAUAGCCGGGCCGGGGCUGUCGGCCGGCAGCGUGCCCCCGGGGGUACAGAUCGUCACGCUGCCCAACGGACAGGUCGCCGUGCAGAUCCCAGAAAACCUGAAGUGGCGCGAUGUGAAGAACACAUUCACCGACAAGCAGACCCGGAAGACGUGGCGCCAGAUCUUCAACUCCGUCAAGACCCUGAGAAAUCAACAGCGGUCGGCGGCCCUGUCUGGCUUCAGCGUCUCGCCCGAAAGGUCCUCCUCCGAAUUCAUGAUCCCUUCAGACGUGACCUUGGCCGCCGUGCAGCAAUCCGCCAAGGGCAUGACCGUCGGACAGCUGCGAGACUUGAAGGCGAGACUGAGGGAGCUCCAGCGGCAGUCUCGGAGAAGCAGGGACACCAUCAGACUCCGGGUUCCUGCUGGGCUCACGGGGACACCUCCGGGAGUAACAGCGGUGGCUGCUCCCAACGGCGAGCAGAUCUUGACGAUUCCUUCGGACCUCCUGUGGGCGGACGUGCAAGACUCGUUCGCCAAUUCCCUGGAGAGGAGGAUGUGGAGGCAGGUGUUCAAGGCGAGGAACAAGGUGAAGGCGGACCUGAGGGGAGACAACAUCGAGAUGAGGAAUAGCCUUCGGUACAUCAAUGACGUCUUGAGUAAUCGUCUUGAGAAUGGAGGUGGCAACGGGAAGAACAAGAAGAACAAGAAGAACAAGAAGAACAAGAAG